AUGAUUAAUUUCUAAAAGGGAGUUCAUGAUUCUCGUUUAAAAUCCACAAUAGAAUAUCGAUUUAAUCGAUAAUUUCAAACAAUCUCAAAAUCUCGAGAAAUCAGAUAGACUUAAUCUUAAUGUUAGAAUAAAGGAACAAAUAAUGGAAAUAAUUAUAUGAAACCAAAACGAUCAAUAUAAUAUAAUUCAAUAUAAACCGAUUCUACUACUUAUGAAACUGUAGAUGUAAAUUAAAUAAGAUAGAGCACGGAACCUAGAAAUUGUUAAAAAAGAAGAAGCAGAAUUAUAUCAACUGUAUAUAAUACUUAAUUAAUUAGCCUUUAAGAAGAUACAAAGUUAGAUGGACUUACUUUAAUCAUCUGAGAUGGAUUUGAUUGAAGCAGAAUCAAUUCCAAUUGGAAAUUUUCAAAUUUAACAGUAAUUAUUUUCUGAACCACCUAAAAAUUGUUAUGUAAAUAAGGAAAAUUAGAAAGGAUGUUAAACUAAAUUACCAAAAUUGAAAAAGCAUUAAUUAUGUAAAUUAACAACAUUUUAUAUGAGAAUUUGAGAAAAUUGAAGGCAAAAUAAAUGGAUCUAAUGGAGUUAAAUUUGGUGAAUCUUUUGUUACUCCAUUUUUUGGUACAAAGAAACCAAUAUAAUUGGAAUAGAGACCAUAUGAGUUUUAAGGGCUAGUUUAUAAAAGGAAAAAAUGAUAAUUUAAUUUUAC